UCCUGAAGAAGGCCACCCGCGCCCAGAAACAGAGGGUCCAGAGGAACGAAGCUGCUGUGUAUAAAUGCUACACUAAGCUGAGGGAGAAGGAUGUUCAGCUGGCUGAGGUUCGUUCAGAGAGGGACACAUGGAGGGAGACAACAGGAGCAGAAGACAGAUGAGAGAAUACAGCUUGAUGCACAGAUAGGACUGCUGAAAGGCCAAAUAGCAGACAUUACUUUGAAGCUGCAGAAAGAGAGGGAUGAGUUCACUGCUGCAAAUGAGGUCUUACUGCUGAAAGUGGAAAAACUCAACACUGAAAACAGAAACAUUGGCCUUGAGAACGCAACCCUCAAGGCAUCCAUUGCUGGGCUGGAACUGCAGCUGGUCCAUUCUGAAGCAGCCCUGAAAGAGGAGAGCACUCUCUCACAGGAGAGGAAAGACCAAGCAGAACAGGAUCAGGGUCAGGUGGCAGAGCUUCAAAUGGAGGUGGAUGAUCUGAGAAUAAAGUUGGAGAGUGUUCUGAGGGAAACGGAGAACAUCAGAGAAGGAAGAGGGGCAGAAGUGGAGAAGGUGAGACUGGAGCUGGAGGGGUGCGUGAGGGAGCUGGAAGAGUACCCAGAGUUACUGAGUGCCACAGAGCAGAGUCUUACGGAGUGCCAGGACAACCUGAAGCCCUCCGAGAAGAGAUGUGCAGACAAGGCAGAGGCCAUUAGACAACUGCAGGUCAAGGUGGAGAGCCAAGGGGAGAAGAUGAGAUCGUCAUUGGACAUGAAAGAGUCUAUCCACGAGGCUAACUCACAGCUACAGCAGAAAGUGGAUGCUCUUCAAAAGUGUCCAAAGUGAAAGACAAAGCUGUUUCCAAAGAAAGUUCCCUUCAGACUAAAAUCCUGAAACUGGAGGCUGAGAAGAACAGGAGAGCGAAUGAGCUGAAACAGAUUAAACAAAGCAAGCAGUCGGCUGAGAAGAAGUUUGAGGUGCGUCUGAAGGACCUGCAGGUCAGCCUGGACCAAUCAGAAAGCCACAAGCAGAGCAUUCAGAACUACGUAGACUUCCUCAAGAUCUCUUACGCCACCAUGUUUGAGGAAGGACUACCACCCGCACCGUCUAGCUUUGGAUCAUCCUACUUUUUAAAAUGAGGAUUACUCAGGGAUGUGUAUUUGUGGUGUGUAAUGUGUGUUGUUGUGGAAAUCAUAUGUACUGUACAAUAUAUGAGCCUUACUUCAUGUUUUUAAUAAUGUAUGUGUUUUGGAGAAGCAAUGAAUUCGCACAUACAGUUGAAGUCAGAAGUUUACAUACACUUAGGUUGGAGUCAUUAAAACUUGUUUUCCAACCACUC